ACACUCCUCUUCCGCCAUCUCAUCGUCACACAAAGAGCCUUCUCAACCUAGUCUGAAGGCCCCUGUCCAUGCGCGCAGGACGCGGUCCCUUUCAAGUGAAUCUGUCAACAGUCGUUAGUGUCGUGAGGAUGCAGCUUGUUUUUGAACCCCUUUUCACUUCUUGCAAGAACUUAGGCCUGAGAGCUCAGGAGCAAGCGAACGGCGUCGAGACAACCCUUUUGCGAGGAGCAAGCGUACGGCAUCAAAUGGCAAUCUCUGGGAAUCGGGUGCAUUUCUUCCAAUGCCGCCUUGAAAUUGAUGCCGGUGAAUGGUCAAUCACACACGCUCGGGUCAUAAUUCUCAACGCAGGCCUGGCGUACAGUAGAUAUUAUAGGCGCCGCUCCCACACUUGUCCGCCUGGAGGUUGACAUUUCAAUCUGCAAACCCGAAGGAACAGGUGCUCACGCGUCAUGGGAGCAGUUGAUAUAACAAUUGUUCCUGGAGCCGCUUCCAGGAAUGAACCAAAUUGGUUCUCCAACUUAAGGU